GAAGCUUUUCAAAAGCAAAUAAAAAAAAAAAAAACAAAGGAAAAGAUCAAAAGACCUAUCUUUCUCUAAACCUUGCGUUAUUAAUCUCCGUUUUGUUAUUAUCAUUCUGUAAACCAAAUAAUUUUCCAUUUUUUGCCCAUUCUAUAAAAAAAAAAAAAAGGAACGCUACCAUCCGCCAUCAGCCACGUUUUGAUCAAUCAUGGAAUCUGAUUUUCAAUCCAAACACAUUGGCAACCGUUGGAUUUGAUGACUCCGGCGUUGACAUGUCGCCGGCGUUGCUAGACCCUGGAGGAGCUUCUUCUUCAACACACAAUGGUCAGGCUUCUUCUGUUCCUUUUACAGUGAAUACUUUUGGCUCUUUUUCUGUUUCUCAAUCUAAGUUUUCACAAGAAAAAAUGAACUCAUCUUCUAGUUUUAGUUUCGGAGGUGAUUUUAGUUCUGGGUUUUCGAACUCGACUCCGAAUAAUCCCAAUUUUAGCUUCAAUACGCCUUCAUUACAACGACCAUCUGGGGGCCUUGCUAAGCCAAGGCUUUUCAAAAGACAGCAUUUGAAUUCCCACAAUUUGAAAUCUUCGGGCAAUUUAGAAACCCGAGUAGGUCCCGGUUUUAAUCCGUUUCGACCUGUUUCCUGUGUUCCCCAUCCUAGCCCAUCUGAUGGGAGUGACUUGGUUGGGAAUUUAGAGGGAGAAGUUGUGGAGGAAAUGAAGAAUUUGAGAAUUGGGAAGACUUUUGGUUUUGAUGAUCAAAGUUUAGUUUCCAAGCUUCCGGAUGAUUUAAGGAAGUUGAACAUUGAGGAUAGUUCAAAGGAUGAUUGGCGUAAUGAGAAUGAUGGCAAUGCUGGUAGUUGUGUUGGAAGAGGCGCGGAAACUGAAAAACUUCUGAAUGAAUUGCGGAGCAAGUUGAAUAUUAAAGACAGUGAGGAUGUUGAUGAUGGAGCUAAGAAGGAUUUUGUAUUUAAGGGUGGAAAAGAUAGUGAUUCUUUGGUUGGAAGCUCGACAGAUGCACUUCAUGACGGGAUUAAGAAUUUGAACAUAAAGGGGUUUGGUGAUGGUAAAACCAAUGAGAGAGAUGGUUUUUUCUCUAGGAGUAGUGAAAGCUCUGGUCAACUUGGUGGGGAAAGAGAAAAGUUAUUGUCAACUGAGAUGGAGAGGAAGCUGAAUAUUUGGAGUGUAAUGGGAGAUUCUACUGGUCAAACGGACAGGGGAUUUUCUUCUUUGCAAAUCUUGGGAAAGGAUGUUCAAACUGAAAGGUUGGGUGAUAAGAAGUUAUAUGAGUUUGGUAAAUCAAUUCACAACCAAUCUACUUUCCAGCCAGCAAAACGGGGUUUAUAUGCAAGUAGUAAAGUUCAUAUGGAUCAACUAAAAACUGAUAUUAAAACUGCUGGAGCCGCCGCAUCAACAACUUUGUUUUCAUCUCAUGCCGUGCAUUUCCAGCCUGGUGCAAAUACCUUUGGCAUGACUUCUGAUAAACCAAAAAAGAAGGAUGAGUUUGGUUUUACAGCCAAAGAAGAUACUAUAGAAACACCUUUUGUAGAAUUCAGAACUCCAAAUUCACAGACAAAUAUAUUCUUUGGCUUAACCAAAAAAUUGGAAUUCACUGCAAAAAGGGAAGCUGGUACAUGCCCAAAAUUCAAGAAAAGGAGGGCAAAGUUGAAGCAGCCUACACCAGUCCAGCUAUGGUAUGGACCAUAUUUUAUUUCACAUAACACUGAUGCUCAUGAUAAUGCAGAGGCUUCUGAGUCUUAUUCAUCAAUGGAUGUCUCACCAUAUCAGGAAAAACUCACUGAUACUCAAUGUUCAAGAGAAUCUUCUGUACCUUCAGAUGAGUCUUUCAGUCUUGAUAACAAAGAUACAUCCAGGUGUUCACACCCAGUAGUUUCAAGUGAUGCAAUAGAUGAGGAUCUGGUUGCUGCAACACAACAUAUGAAUAUAAAUGAAGGUGGGGAGAAAGAUGAAGAAAUAAAAGAGGGGGGUUCUGGAAAUGUUUUUGAUAAAGGUGUUGCUGCUGAAGCUCCUCUAGAAGAUUCUGUGUCUGGGGAUGAAACUGAAAGCUUCAUAACUGCAGCCGAGGAUAUAGAUUAUAACAGUGAUAUUGCUCUUAGUUCAGCUGAAAAUGAAGCCUGUUCAGGAUCAAAUAUUGAGAGGCAAGAUAGUGAUGCCCAGAUGUACUUUGAUUCCCCUUCUAAUUCAGAACAUAUAAGUGGGUUUGACUUCACCUUUGCUGCAUCGUCUUCUGCUCAAAGUCAACUAUCAUCACCAAAACGCCACCACAAAAAGAAGAAUUUGACUAAAAUUGCUUUUGAUUCUCCUAAUUCCAGUUCAAAUAUGAGAAUUCCUUAUGCAUCAUCCUCUCUACAGUUUUCUCCUUACCCUGAAGCUUCAUUGCAUUUAUCCGUUGGGCAAGGCCAGAAAACAGAUUUAUCUACUUUGCAAAGCAAGGUUGGAGGGAAUUCUGUGGUGGACAAAGGACCUGAGGUCAAGCAUGAGCCUAAUUUGACUGGUGCAAGCACUGCAGCUCAGGAAUUAUGUGAAAAGUGGCGAUUAAGGGGAAACCAAGCCUAUGCAAAUGGAGAUUCAUCCAAAGCUGAGGAAUAUUACACACAAGGGAUAGGUUGUAUUCCUGCGAGUGAGACAUCUAGAAGCUGUCUUGGGGCUUUGAUGCUGUGCUAUAGCAACCGUGCAGCUACACGAAUGUCUCUUGGAAGAAUGAGAGAUGCACUAGGAGAUUGUAUGAUGGCCAUCACAAUAGAUCCCAACUUUGUAAGGGUUCAACUCAGAGCGGCGAAUUGCUACCUUGCCCUUGGGCAAGUUGAGAAUGCAACGCGAUAUUUCAGAAAGUGCUUACAAUCAGGAACUGGUGUUUGUGUGGACCAAAAAAUUGCAGUAGAAGCCUCUGAUGGCCUACAAAAGGCACAGAAAUUGUCUGAAUGCAUAUGUCGGUCUACUGAACUUUUGCGAAGGAAGACAUCUGAUGACGCAGAGAGUGCUCUGGAAGUAAUUGCUGAGGCCUUGCAAAUAAGCCUGUACUCAGAAAAAUUACUUGAAAUGAAAGCAGAGGCCCUUUUUGUUCUGCGCAAAUAUGAAGAGGUAAUUCAUCUGUGUGAGCAGACAUUUGAUUCUGCUGAAAAGAAUUCUCUUUCAUUCGACAUCAAUGGGCAACUGGCCAAUCUGGAUAGUUCUGGGUUCUCAAAGGACUCUACCUUUGGAAUUUGGCGGUGUUGCCUGAUCUUCAAAUCUUACUUUCAUCUAGGAAAGCUUGAAGAGGCUACUGCUUUGCUGGAGAAGCAAGAGAAAUUGCAAUCCACUACUGUUAGUCUGUCCAGGGAUGGAAGCAACAGUUUGGAAUCAUUAAUUCUAUUGACUGCUACUGUACGUGAGCUCUUAUGUCAUAAGGCUGCAGGGAAUGAAGCGUUUCAAUCAGGAAGAUACUUAGAAGCUGUUGAACAUUAUACUGCUGCAUUAUCUUGCAACAUGGAGUCACGGCCUUUUGCAGCUGUUUGUUUUUGCAAUCGUGCUGCUGCAUACAAAGCAAUGGGCCAAGUCACUGAUGCUAUUGCUGAUUGCAGCCUUGCCAUAGCACUUGAUGGCAAUUAUUUGAAGGCUAUUUCUAGACGAAUCACUUUGUAUGAGAUGAUUAGAGACUAUGGGCAAGCAGCUAGUGAUCUUGAAAGACUUCUUUCUCAUCUCAAGAAGCAAAUGGAGGCAAAGACCAAUAAAAUUGAAAAACCUGACAGGUCAAUGAACUUGGCACAUGAAUUGAGACAAGCUCGUAUUUGGCUUUCUGAAAUCGAGGAAGAAGGGAAAAAGGAAGUCCCUUUGGAUUUCUAUAUGAUUUUGGGGGUUGAACCAUCUGCUUCAGCAGCAGAAAUUAAGAAGGCAUAUCGGAAAGCUGCUCUUCGACAUCAUCCUGACAAGGCUGUUCAAUCACUGGUAAGAAAUGAAAAUGGAGACGACACGCUUUGGAAGGAGAUAAGAGAAGAAGCAUACAAGGAUGCUGACAAACUAUUUAAGAUAAUUGGAGAGGCAUAUGCAAUACUUUCAGACCCUAUCAAGCGCUCACAGUAUGAUUUUGAAGAAGAGACGAGGAAUGUGCAAAAAAAACAUACUGGAGGUGCAUCCAGAGCAGCUACAGAUGCUCAAAGUUAUUCAUUUGAUAGAAGCGGUGGUAUGCGAUCAUGGAGGGACGUCAGGAGAUCAUAUGGCUACGCGAGCUCUAAAGGAUCAGAAGCCACUCAAUCAAACAGAUACCAUCGACAAUCUGAGCCACUUAUUUGAAGAUGACUUUGAGAUAUCUGAUCAAGUUAUACAAUGUUGUCUAGCAGAUUCAGAUUGGUUUAGGGACUCUGCAGAAGGGAAUUUAAUCCAACCACUGUCAAAGAACUAGGUGCUUACUUGCAGGAGUCAAUACCAGAUGGUUGAAAGCCUUGGUGCAAGUUAGGGUAAUGCCAAGACCUAAGGAGAUUUUAUGCUGAGAGUUUCUAGAACAGUUUGUGAAUGGCUAUAAGCUUGAACUAAGAAAGUUGAUAGUUUGAAGCCUGAAAGGCCUUUUGCUUCGAGGAAGCUGUUUGCUCAAGAAGGAAAAAAAAAUGUGAAAAGAAACAAGCUCUUUUCCAUAAUCUAACAGGGAAAUGUCUGGACGUUGUAAAUGUACCAGUGAUAUGUACAGACACAUUAAGAUCAAAUAAAUGUAACCAAGGAACUUCAAGGCUUUCCAGUUUUUGACCUCCGGCUGACAUUCCGCUAAAUCAAGAGAGCAAUUUGUUUUUUAAUUGGUCAUAGGUUCAUAGAGUUGAUAUCAAUUAUGUUUUUUACUUUCCCCUUCUUUCCAGAUUGAUUGUAUGAUUUCAUCGCUUGUUUAUGCAGAGAUGAGGAGCUUUGAAAUGUACUAUAACAGGAAGCAAAGAUGUUUGAUUGUACAGUUGUUUCAGCAGCAUAAAGUGAAUGUUUGAAUGAGAACACUUUUGAUCUUCUGUUACUUUGCUUCUCUUUUUUAGUUGAUUUUGGUGAUUCAGUGUAGGACUUUAUUUCUAUUUCA